CGUCAGCACCAAGCGCUUCUGUCGUGCCGUACGGUUGUCAUGACAACGAGGUUAUGUCCUCAAUCCGCAAAAGAUGUGUGCGCAUCCUUGUUUGGUGUUAUUUUCAGCAAGCUACUGACAUUUACGGAAAUAUCUGGUCUAAUAAUUCAUUGAACAGCCAUUUUAGCCAUUUUAGUAACCCGGACUCACAACUAGUUUUUCUGCUGCAAUGCGAGAAAAAAGUAAGCAUCUGCAGCCGUUGGGGCUUCUCUCAUAAUGAAUAUUACAAGGGAAAGUGGGAACUGGACUCAAGCUGGUGCUGACAUGACUGAGGAUACAGAAUGCAAAACGGCCGAUAGAUAUCACGUCGAUUCACUUUUGAACAUCAGCGAGGAGAGCUUUGCAGCAUUGUCUCUGUACGGAAUGCCUGUUCAAUCGGCAUGGGAGCAGGUGGUGAAGGGCUGGAAUGAGUGUCCUCCACUGGCUUGCCUAUUUCAGUUGCAGAAUACAUGUAAGCCAGUCAAAACUGGAGAACAUGAAUUCCACUGUCUCCUCUGUAUUGAUGCAAAUCUUGUACAGAAGCCUGAAGAGGACCAUUGUGUAAAUUCGGAAUCAUCUGUAACCAUCUGCAGUUUGCCUGAGGAGCAUAAAGGCGAAAACAGUCUGUGCCCUCCAAUACACUUGGAAACACUGGAAAUCUCCCCAUCAGAAAACUCAUUUUCAGACACAGAACAAGACAAUUUCAAAUAUGAAAAAACAACAACAAUUCAAGCUGAAUCCAGUAAAGUAAUAGGAAGGGCUAGACCUCCAGACACUUUACCAAAGUUGACUUACAUGAAAUUGGCCAUGCAGUGUCCAAUAAUGAAAGAAAAAGGAAUUAUCAACAAGUUCUCGGUAUUGCCGCCUGUGAAGGGCUCUGGUUAUCCAAGGAGAACCAGACUGAGAAGUUUGGCAGCCUCCACACUAAGCUCAUCAGGCAGUUUGACAGCAGAGAACAUAUCAUGUGGUCUCCCUUUAACAGGGGAGGGACAUGCUGUGGGAGAGGAUGUCUCGCCAGGUACUAAUUCAGGUGCCGAAGCACUUGAGGACGGCAACAGAUCAUUUACAGCCAAGUGCUAUCAGUCUACGUCCAGCAAACAACUACUGUCCACUUUCAGUAUCAGAUUAUCCAAGAGAUCCUCAUUAAACUCAUUUGAUGACACACUGUCACGGGCAGCAGACCUUGUGGGCAGAAAAAUAAAGAAUGCCAGUCCUAUUAGGGCAGGCAUGAACAACAACCAGGCCCAUAACCAGAAACGAACAGAGACCGAGCUACCUAUACUUUUUGGGACCAGAGUUCCAAUGCAAGCAAUGGCUCAUCGCAUAGUGUAUACUUCGCAUGCUUAGAGCCCUGAUUGACAGCCUCUAGCUACCUCCAGGGCCUUUUCCACUUCAGUACUCCUACCAGUGUUCCUCAUUGCUCCAAUUCUAACUCUUCUUCUACCAGCUCUAAACUUCAGAUCAGUUAUCGGUAUGUUUACAAUAGAAAUUUGGCAGACAGAUUUUGGUAUAGAUAUGUCUUUCAUGAUUGCCUUAAUAGGUAAAAUAAAAAAUGCAGUAUACUGGAAAGAUGCUAUAGGAGCUUUUUUUAAACCUGUUAAUUUAGACUGGUGAUACUACUGUAAAACUGUUUAAUUAAAAAUCUUUAUGCAGUAUUACACCUUGAAUGUUAUACACCUUUACACCAUGCUUUUAAAAUAUUUAAAUUUUAAAAGGAAGUUUUGAAUAAAAACCUUCAUGUAAAAAUGCUGUAUUUCUGUGAAAUACAAGUUUCAUGAGAAACAGUGAUAACCACUUCUGCCUGUUGGGUGUUCAAGGAGUGUGUGAAGGUGUCACACUUUGGACAUUGUCUUCAGAGACUAUCACUAAUAGAGCUACUGGAAGGCAUGGAAUAUGUCAGACUUUUAUGGCAUUGGUUUCCUGUAAUCUGAUUUCUUAUGAUAGAUUUGUUUGACUCGGGUAGUUUCACCCACUCUGAGACUAUCCUGACCCUCCCCCCACUGAGGUGUACUUUUGUAUCCCCACCUGGCCCACAAAACUGGCAUUGGUGGAUGAUAACCUUGUGCUUUGCUAAUACAGAUUCCAGAAGUUGUUUUUCAACAAGUCAAAUGUUUGAAGUAAAGGAUUGUCAGCUGAAUAUGCCAGUCGAAAUGCUGACCAAGAAUAGGACAUUGCUAUUGGACAGUUUUUUUACUUUGUUUUUGGGUCACCAGAGACGUUUGUAUCUAAUGAAGAAGAAGAAACAAAGUGUUAAUGACAGUUCUCAGAAUGGUUCAGCAGUAAGUCUCAUUUAAUGAAAUUGUGAGCUGAGUUAAAAUUCUUUGCAAACUA